UCUUCAAAAAUGUUCCCCAAGACGUCUAGAAGAGAACAGAUAAGCAGUAUAGUAAACCUACGGUAGAAUGUUAAUCCCGCCUGGAAACAUUACAGAAAGAAGAUUGGUCACCCAAGAAAGAUUAGGGAUUGGCUCCAGUCGCUGGAUGUUGUGAAGCUCGAGUCACAAAGAGGCUUUGUUGGAGCCCACAACAAAACCUCUGUUCGCUGGCGAUCCAACACUCACAAACGAUUACAUCGGGGAGAGGACUGCCAAGCUUGACCUUGCACGACCAACGUCCAGCACUACAUGGACGGACUAUCUCCGAACCAUUCGCAGACAAGCGUAGACCUUGAACCGCUCAUUCGUCACUGCGAUCGGACAUGAACACAAUGCUUUGCUUCGGCGCGUUACAUUUCUGAGUUAACGGGUAAAAAAAAAAAGGCCAAACUGUUUUGAAAAGAUGGAGAUGCAGGAGAGCCCAAUGUUUCCGAAGUCUGCAGAUCCCGAUGGGGAGGAGAAUGAAGCGGAGGAGGAGGAGGCUGUCAUGGCAUCGCAGGUACUCGAGAUCAUUUGCGGAUUCGCCCCCGAGAUGAAGCUCCACAAUUCCGAAGCAGAUGACAGAGACGUGUGGGCAGUGGAGGAAGGAGACGACUCGGUGUUCUACAGCGACGAAGACCAAGCCGAGGAGCUCGGAAGGCCCAACGCAUCUCCGGAUGCAGAAGCGGCCAGAGUGGACGGCCAACCUUCAGGGAGUAGUCGGGAAGCCCCCUGGAUCCAAGUCCAAGAGGCAUGUGAGGAAAUCCGGGUUGAAGAAACGCGUGGGCGAGAUACUGAGACUCAAGAGGACCAACCAGUUGAGCAGAAGCAGCCACCACACGACGCGAGCUUCUCCAAGCAGCCGAGCUCCAGCUGCAAGUCGGAGAAGGACCCCGACGUCUUCUCCGGAGACCCGGUCCCCGCCUACGCCACUCUACCUCUCCCCAAGAAGUCCUCGGACAACCUGCCCCGCCAGGAAUCCUUCAACCACCUCGCUGCCUCCAAAUACAGCUCCGUCUCCUACCGCAAGAUCCAGCGAGGUAACACUCGCAAGAAAAUCGAGGAAUUUGAGUACGUUAUGAUGAAUUUGUAACAGUAUGGUGCAAAAGGCGACCAAUUUUCACAUCUAAAUUAUGAUCCCAUUCAGAUCAUUUCGUAGGACAUUGCGCUAAACCAGUAUGCUAAUUAGUAGAAAACUUCAUUUAUACAAAACAUAAAGGGAAUUUUAAAUCGCAUCUCUGGCCAUGAUAGUAUAUGGCCGUCUCCCGGUAUGUUGACCACACUCUUGACACUUUAUUGAUUUUGAAGUUCCACAGAGAUGAUGAUGAGUUCCCUUUACUUUUUGUUCAACUUUUCAAACCGUUUAUUUGAAAAAGCUUCAUUCAGUUGUGUUUUUAACACCUCCGUAUGGACUGAACUAUGUGGCACCAGAAAUCAAAUUGGAAUCAUUUAUACUCUCAUUUCUUCAUUGGGGAAAAAAAGGCUGUGGGGGGGGGGGGGGGGGGGGGAGCGCUCAAAGGUGCUGAUUGGAUGACGUGAGAUCUGUGCAUCUGCCUUCGAUCUCUCUUCCUAAUUUGCUCAUUUGAAUCGGGAUUUAGAAAAACUGAAUUUGCUUUGAAUGACCUGGAAGUGAAGUGAAUUGGGUUGCAUUUUCAGUGACAUUAAAAUAAAACAGCGUCAGAGAAAAUUGUCAUUUUAAAAUCGGUUUCAGAUUUAUUGGAAUUCAGUUUCAAAUUCUCAAAUUGUACGCUUUGGAUUUUAUUUUUCAGCGGAAUUAUCUGAAUUCACAAAUCAAAUUCAGUUUCUGGUGGCACAUUUUUUUCAGCCCAUUACUCUGUGCUUUUACUUUUUUACCAAGACUGGUUGUGAAGGUCCUACGUCAUGGGACAUCCAAACACAAAUGUACGCUACUAUACUUACAAAACUUUAAGUUACUUAUUCUACACUAUGUUUCGAAAACAAACAUAAGAUGAUGCGAAGAUGAAAUAAACACAUAACUGCUAUUUAA